CACCAGCAGUUGACUGUGGGUGGUGGAUGCGGGCAGGCGAUCUGGGUGUUGACGUUAAAGCGCUGCUCCCCCGGGACCAGCUGUCGCUGCCACCAGUGACCCAUUCAGAUAUAAACCACUGUGUGUUUCACUUCACCUUUCUGUGGAUUUAACUUAUUUACUAUAGUGUUAUCAGAGGACUAUUUUCAAUAGUCACUUCAACACAUCGGAACUUAUGAGAGGUGUCCACUUCGUCAAGUGCAUAACCUCUUACAUACACGUUAAAUAACCGACAGUAUAAAAUGAGGAUGAAGACCCAUAUCUAUGUUUGGGCUGCAACUUCUCUGCUGUUGGUUGUUGGAGUAAGGGGAGGAUCAAGAGUCAAACUAGUCAACAAUGGGUAUGAGGGUGUGGUGGUGGCCAUAUCCCAGGAGGUGGAUGAAAUGGAUGGACCUGUUAUCAUUGAUUCCCUUAAGGAAAUGAUCCAAGAGGCAUCAAGAAGGUUAUAUAGAGCCACACAUAAACGAGCAUAUUUCCGGUCAGUAAAAAUCCUCAUCCCCAAAUCUUGGACCAAUACUAGUGUCAUUGGUAAUGCAUUGAGCGAAAGUUUCCAAGACAGUGAGGUUAGAGUGGACAUCAUGAACAGUGUGUAUAAAAACCAGCCAUAUACACAGCAAACUGGCGGUUGUGGUGACCCUGGUUUGUAUAUUCAUCUCACUGCAGAGUACCUCACAGAUCGACAGCAAUCUGCCUGGUGGGGACCGCGAGGGAAAGUACUACUGCUUGAGUGGGCUAAGUUGAGAUGGGGUGUGUUUGAUGAACUGGGUUAUCCAGGUGAUGAGAGUUUCCCGCUCUUCUAUAUCUGGGAGCAAAGCAAUGGAAGAUUUCCAGGUACUGGGGUUCUUCUUCCCACCUGCUGUGCCAAUGUACCAGUGGAAGGACGUCUUAUAGACAAGACGGGUAGGAGUACGUGUGCAUUAACACCUCAAGGAGAACCUGAUGAGAACUGCCGUUUUCUGCCGUACAAAGAUCAGCUUGCAACCUCUUCACUUAUGUCUUAUCCACUCAUCUUCAGUGACACGGUUGUCAAUUUCUGUAGUGGGCCAGAUAGUGACCACCCUCAUAAUCCUGUGGCUCCAACAAAGCAAAAUCUCUUCUGUGGUGGCCGAUCUGUGUGGGAAGUCAUGAUGGGACACAAGGACUUCGCAAAUGAUGCGAAUCCUCCAACUGAAAGGUAUUUGGACCCUGACAUACAAGUUGUACAACAUGCUGAUGCCAACUAUGCCUUAGUAUUAGACUACUCUGGUAGCAUGAAUGAUCUUUACCGUAUCCACAAGCUACGAAAAACAGCACGACGUUGGAUUUUACAUGAAGUGGCAACAGGAAGCUACGUAGCAAUUAUAAGAUUUAGCAAAUAUGCCCAGUUGGUUCAUCGCUUGAUUAAAAUCACCGAUGAGGCUUCACGAAAAGGUCUUGCAGACUCAAUAACGACAAAAGCAGAUGGUGGAACCAGCAUUGGAGCUGGACUGUAUGUAGCAGUCAAAAAGACCUUGGCAAAUGUGAAGAACCCUGUUAUUCUACUGAUUACCGAUGGUGAGGAAAAUGAAAACCCUAGAAUUAAAGACAUCCUACAGAACGUCCUGGAUUCUGGUGUGCGCGUCAUUACUGUAGCCUUUGGGGCAGAAGCAGAUCCAAAGUUAGAAAAAAUUGCACAGCUGACUGGUGGUAAAACAUUCACAGUCAAUGAUAUUGAUGAAGGCCAUAUGUUGGAGGAUGCCUUUGAUGGAGCCCUGACCUACCAGCCACCACCACCCCGUAGUAACACCACAGUUACAAUCCACGAGGAAGUCUACAGAGGCACCGAGCUGCAAACAGGUUCAAGCUUCAUGGUGGACUUUACAGUUGGGCAAAACCUGGUGCUUAGGCUAGACACUGAUGAUCGAUACCAUGUUACUCAUGAACCUCACUUGGUGCGUCCUGAUGGGAAUAUUGUUGGGGGUGCUGUCUUUGAUCCAAACACCUUCACAUGGAUCCUCAAAGUACCAAUGGCAGAGCAAGGAGAGUGGAAGUGGCGGGUUGGACUGUCUGGCUCUGCAGAUAAAUUUAUUCGAUUGAAAGUGACUGCCAUGACCCGUGACCCCACUGUCUUCCCCAUCACCACCAAAGCCUGGAUGAGCAGUGGUGCACGGGAAGUCAAUGCUUCAACAGACAGAGUUAUCAUCUUUGCUGAAGUCAAACAGGGAAAUAAUCCUGUCGUCAAUGCUGAUGUCAGAGCCCUGGUAACUCCACCUGGUGAAGCUGAGCCUGAUGAGGUGUACAUACUAUUAGAUAAUGGUCAAGGAGCAGACUUUCAGGCUGGAGAUGGCAUUUACUCCCGCUACAUGACUCGUUACUCCAGAACUGGUCGUUACAGCGUCAAGGCUCAGGUUACAGAUGGAGGAAGAGCAGUUAUAAAUAAAGGUUUCCUUACUUCAUCUCAACGGAAACGACGCUCAGCCGAGGCCAGCUAUUAUGAAGACAGACCAAACUACUGCUGUGGCAGUUACAUCCCCUUAAAUCCUGACAAAAGUCAGAACACUGGAAAUUUCAGCCGGAUAUCAGGAGGUGGCUCGUUAAGGGUAACUGCAAUACCAGUACCUGCAUCAGAUUUUCAUCCUCCUGCAGCCGUGAGAGACUUACGUAUUGUUCUCUUGGAUGAUGUUGAAGGUCCUUCAGACUUUAACAGGGUCAACAUUAGUCUCAUUUGGACUGCUACCGGUGAUGAUCUGGAUGUUGGUAGUGCAGCGCAGUAUGUACUUCGUAUGACAAGUAACAGAAAUGAUUUAUCAGAGAACCGCUUUAACAACGCAUCCAGUGAGACUAUAAUUUAUGACUCCCCUGUUGAAGCUGGAGAAAAUAUCAACAAAACUGAGGAACUAUUACUUCAGAGGGACAUUACUUUUUUCUUUGCUCUCCAAGCAGUGGAUGAUGUGGGAAGAAAAAGCCCUAUUUCUAAUGUCGCAGUGCUGCGGUUAGAAGACAGUCAUCCCCUUAUUCUACUGGAGCCAAAUUCCCAGGACUCAUUUCCCAUAUGGGCUAUAUUACUAAUUGUUAUCUUCAUGGUACUGAUAAUUGUAUUAGUAGCAGUGGUACUGUUAUCAAGGAAACAUGGUAAUUAUAGAGUUGAACAUAACACUCCAGAAAGGGAGUGGAUCCAGAAUUCCAAAAAUAUAUUAUAGAUUACAGUAAACCCUCAAUAGAGAACAAGGUUUGUUUCCAUAAUAUUUCAUUCUCCGUCUGAGUUAACUUCAUAUGGAAAAUAUAGGGAUGUAUAAUACAGUACAGUAUAUGUGGAUCCCAGAAAUUCUUUUAUACUUAAAACUAUUUUUCAUUAAGAAGAGGGAAAAACGGCCUUUAAAACUUGCACACAAGGAGUCUAAUGUCCGAUAAAAAAAUAAAAAUAAAUAAAAUAUAUCGGCAAUAAUCCAGUACUGUACUGUACUAAUUUUUGCCCUAUUUGUUCAACUGCUUUGUUGGAUACCCUCCCUCUCUCUUGCUAAUUUCUAGGUCUAAUCAGCAACACUUUAUCAAAUCCCUUCAAUUUCUAUUGAAUUUUUGGUUCAAAUUAUAGGCCAGCACUUAAUCGGACCUCUCUCUCUCUCUCUCUGUUGAGGACCUAUUGUAUAUAUUUUUGUGAAGUAUGCGUAUGUUCAUAUUUUACUAUGUUUGAUAUAGAUUUAUUUUAGACUGUAUUUAGAAUAUAUUACAAAAGGGUGUAUACAUUACAUUUGGAUAUUUAUAACAACACUUACAAGUACAGUUGGCUCGAUUCCUGACUUUAGCACUUAGCGUUGUCAAUCCUCUCACUCCCCGAGGUAUGAACCCCGAACUCUGAAGUGUGAAUUCAAAGCAUUCGCUAGUGAAAGAGUGAGAGCGAGGAAGAAGGGUGGGGUGGGUCAGGGUAGGUUUCUUUCUGUGUGUGUGAGGGGGGGGGGGGUGAGGAUGGAAAGUGUACAGUAUGUAUAUCAAUUGGGAAAGCUUUCAUUGCAGAAUAACUCUUUGACAAUACCGACAGGGUUUCCUCAACUGAGUGUAAUCAUCCAACACUAGCCAGAUAAAAAUACUAAAUUUACAGUAGGAUGAAAGGGGGAUGAAUUCAUGCAAAAGCGAACAUUUAUUAGCAAAUAGAUUACGGAUAUGUUUGAAUCUAUAUUUUGAAGAAGCAGCUAAGUUUUGUUUAACCCCUUGACUACGAGAUGGAACUUCCCCAGCUGAAUAAAAUCGUCUGGUGGUAGCCAGAAUAAAAUAGAUAAGAAGACGUUGUAGUGAAAGGAUUAAUUAGCAAUCAAUACAGUCAGGAAAUUGGCAACACAUAUUUAUCGUAAUACAAACUGAUGUGAACAAAGAAUAGUUCAGUUGGCAGCAGUCAGAUAUAGAAUCAGCAAACCACGUGGUUUAAUUGUGCCAAAAAGAUAGGUCCAAUGGAUAAAAAAAUUAUAACUCAUAAUAAUAAUAAUAUUAUUAUUAUUAUCAAAUGUGCAAUUUGUGAUGCAAAGCUGUUGUUUAAUGAUGUUAAAUAAUAAAGUUAUAUGUUAUGAAAUGGACUUUAUGGCAACCCUGGACGAAGGUGCAGGAGGAACCCUCGACUACCCACUCACUCCCCUACCCUCCCUGCUUCCACCACCCAAUUCCUACUUUGGUAGUCGAAUCACUACAGAUAAUUUACAAAGUAGAAUAAUGUUGUGUCCUCUCAUUUCGAUGAGACAUUUAUGAUGGGAAUACAUAUACAAGUGAUACCCAGUAUUUCAAGCAACAGUCAUGAACCUAUGAAGUAAAAUCAUGUUUGUUUGAUUUUCUAUUAUCUGAUUUGCUGCGGGGCAGAAGCAACUCUCGUCAGCGUGAGCCAAUCACAGAAUACAGUAAGCCCUCGUUUAACGUUGUUUCGUUAUAACGUCACUACUCUUAAGAUGCCCAUGAUUCAGACGUCCCAACCGAUUCGUUAUAACAAUGUCACCCAACAUGGACUACUUUGUAUGGCGCAUCACCCUCUCUCAUCUUGGCGAGCUAUGCUCUCUCAUCUUGGCGCGCUACACUCUCUCGCGAAGCGUCACAGCGUCCCCAGUCUUUGUUAGGCUUCCACAGUGUACGUGUGUGCUUAAGUGUUUUUGCUAUAAAUACUGUACUGUAACCAUUCAAAAUGGCUUCCAAGCGCUCAUCUAGUGUUGGUGAUGCUAGUGUUGUGAAGAAGCAAUGCAAGACCAUUAGCCUUGCUACGAAAAUGGAGGUUUUAAACCAUUUUGAGAAAUGAAUGUGUUGUGGACAUUGGUGUAGCACUAGGCCUAACCCCCACAACAGUGUGUACUAUCCGGACCAGCACGGACAAGAUUAAGGCUAGUGCUGGAAGUGGUACUUCUUUAAGUGCAACAAAGACAAGUCGUGCUCGAAGCACAGUGAUAGGGAAGAUGGAGAAGAUGCUGGCUAUGUGGAUAGAGGACCAGAAUCAACGCAAUGCCCCAGUGAGCUUUAUGGUCAUCCAGCAUUAAGCAAAAUCCUUGUAUGAUGACUUAAAAGCCAUAGAUGGCGAAGGAUAGAAGGAUGAGAACUUUACGACCAGCCAAGGAUGGUUUCAACGUUUCAAGCAUCAUUAUAACUUCCAAUAUUAAGAUGACUGGUGAAGCCGCUAGCUCAAAGAUUGUCCGCAACAUGGAGUAAACUCUUCAGUGUUAUAAUGAGAUCUACAAGGAAAAAAAGAAAAAGGAGCACAAAGCAGUCAAAGCUGGAUUCUUUUUUUCGUCAUCGGGAGGCAGAAGCAACAUCUUUACAACAGCCUUCAAGGGAGGAGGAGUUAACAGCAUCCGAGGGGGAACCCCAGUAGAGCAGGAAAGGGAGCCCCCCUCUGGGUCUCAGUGACUCACCACCCUCCUCUUCUCUGCUAUCUACCACACACACUCGCUCCACCUCUGCCGAUCAGUGAGUAGAAUACAAAAUUAUUUAGUUUAUUUAUCUUUUUGGAUGUAUAAUAUAUAUUUCUAUAAAAAUUACAUUGAAUUUAUGUAUAUGUAAUGUAUUUUAUGGGGCAAAGGGAGGCUGGGGAACGUAACUCCCGUAUUUUAUCUAUUUCUUAUGGGGAAAAUUUAUUCCGUUAAUGUUGUUUCCAUUAAUGUUGUGUUUUUCAAGAACGUAACCACGACGUUAAGCGAUGACUUACUGUAUAGAGACAGCCAAUCACUGCUAACCUGAGGUGAUAUGGUGACCCCAAAGAAUUACAAGGUCACUUUCGACCUCCAAGUCUACGCAGUCGCAUCAUCACUCUCCACGAAGAGGACCUUAGUAACCGGGUCAUGUUAUUCCGAGCAGCGCUAACGAAGUAGCGAGUCAGGUGGUGACGAGAUAAAUAUAUAGCCUCGUGUUUCCUAGCUGGAUUCGGAAAAUUUUACUACAACCACAUAGUUAGCACUGGCAUCUGGGCAAUCCUUGUGACAUGACGGCACCCAUAGACAGAGUUGCUGAUAACCAGGGUGUGGGAGUUAUUUGUUUCAGCUACUCUUUCACAUUAUUGUUAUUUAGAAUAAAUGUCCUUUUCCAUAUAUUCUGAGUAUUUUAAUUACACCUUAUACUACUUGCCUGCUAUCGCUAUACUCUGGGCUCAGUUCACCCUGACGUGAGUCAGCCUUUGUGACCGUUGCUUGAAAUACUGGGUAUCACUUGUAUUUGUAUUCUCAUCAUAACUGCCUCAUGAAAAUGAGAGGAAACAAUAUUAUUCUACUCUGUAAAUUGUCUGCAGUGAUUCCACUACCAGCAACCCAGAGUACGAGUUGGGUGGUGGAGGCACGGCAGAUGGGGUCGAGGGUUCCCUCUAGUGUACAACAUAGAAACUUCAUCACUUUUAAGACCUUUAAGCAAUAAUUAUAUCACUUUGCAUCAUAAAUUGCUCAUUUGAUAAAAAUAAUAAUAAUGAGACAGUCAAUAGUUUGUUACUCAUUUAACCUAACUGUUUGGCACAAUUGCACUAUGUGGUUUGCUGAUUCUAUACCAGACAGCUGCCAACUGAAUUACUUUUCCUCAGAUCAAGUUUGUACGUAUUACAUAAAUAUGUGCUGCCCACUUCCUGAUUGUUUUGAUUACUAAUUAAUCACUUCAGUACGAUGUCUUCUUAUCUACUUUAUUCUGGCAACCGACACACGAUUUUAUUCAGCUGGGAAGUUCCAUCUCCUAUAGAUUGAAACAUAUCCAUAAUCCAACUUACUUAGAACAUGAAUUCGUCCCCCUCUCAUCCUACUGUAGCUACAGAUAUAUUAUUUUCAUCUGGCUAGCGCUAGAUGAUUACACCCAGCUGAUGAAACCCCUAUUAUCAAAGCUUUAUUCUACACUGUAAUCUCUCCCAACUGAUAUACUGUACACUUUCCCUCCUCACUACUUAGUCGUACUCUGUUUCACCCCACAAGAAGACACCAACCCCCCCCCUCCCCCCCUCACACACACACUCCCUCCCACUCACUAAUGAAUGAAUCAGUUUCACACUUCAGGAUUCGGGGGUUCAAACCUGAGGGAGAGAGAGCAUUGGCAAUGCUCGGUGGUAAAAUCAGGAGUGGAGCCAAUUGUACAUAUACAUAAACACACAUGCACAUACAGUACUUAUACAGUACUGUAUUGUACACAAAAACCUCUGUAUUUUUAUUUCAGUACAGUACAGUAUGUGAUAUAUUUUGUGUAAUUAAUUAAACAGUAUAACCUUUGAAAUCUGUAAAGGACCAGAAGCAUGAUGGAUUUGUAAAUUUUCUGAACAAUGUCAUUCCCCCUUAAAACAAUGAAUAUCCUAAAGCAAGCUGUGAUUGUGUUUAGUGGCAAGUAACUAUUAAGCAGUUUUAGUUUUUGGCAAAAAUCAUACACUGUAUUCCUUAUUACUGUACUGGCAUCCCCUGGGAUACAGAAGGAUUCCAUCCCCGAAAAUCUUUCCGUAACGUGAAAUUCUGUAACGCGAAACUAUUUUUCCCAUUUGACUUCCAUUAUAAAAGUUGAGAUGCGUUCCUACAUAAAUUUUUUGAGGCCCAAAAAUGUGACACUAGCACAUAUAUGAAAUUAAAUGGUUUUAACCACAUACAAUGAGUCAUUCAUGAUGUAACAUGAUAAUAAAUGAACAAAACA